GCGGCGGCGGCGGCUGUCAGUGUGUCUCGAGGAGGCGGACCGCGAGUAGACGUCAAAGCAGCCUGCCUGCAGGGGGCGCACGAGACGCCAGAGCUGCGGCAGACGGAGCGCGCCAGCCGGUGCCCUGCGCCAGAGGAUACGAAGGCGUGACGCACUCGCAGCAGGUGGCGGGGAUCCCCGCGGUCAGCAUGGGGGAAGACGGCGCCGCCACAGCAGGCGGGCGCGCGCGGAGGCUGCUGAGGACACCCAAGUGUGCGCGCUGCCGCAACCACGGCGUCAUCUCCAGCCUGAAGGGCCACAAGCGGCUGUGCCGCUGGCGCGAGUGCGCAUGCGCUUCCUGCCAGCUCGUGGUCGAGAGGCAGCGCGUCAUGGCGGCGCAGGUCGCUCUCCGCAGACAGCAGUCGAGCGAGGACAGCCCGGACGUGAGGUCUCGCCUGCAGUCAGCCGAGGCGCUGCUGGCCCAGAAGCGCCUCUAUCAGAAGCAUCUGCGCUCGCUCCAGCAGAACGCCAUUGCCAGAGACCUUCUGCAAGGCGUGGGCCAGGCCGGCGGCCGCCACCCGCUGCUGCCCGCGGCGCUGCGCGACCGCCUCCGCAAGCGGCGCGCCUUCGCCGACCGCGCCCUGGAGGCGGCGCCGCUGCUGCUGCCGCCGCCCCCGCCGGCGCUCCUCCCGGCUCUGGCGGCGACGACGCCGACUACGCUAGCGCCGCCGCCGGCACACCGGGCCGUGACGCAGCUUCCGCUUCCGCUUCCCCUUCCGCCCCCGCGCCUGUUGCUCGCGGCGGACCUGCUGCUCCCGCCGGCCACCGUCGUCACCGCAGUGCCGCCCCCGCCUAAGCCCAGGCCCCGGCUGUCGUUCUCUGUGGAGGCCAUCAUAGGCGUCAAGUAG